AUGCCCCACUCUAGUCUGCAUCCAUCCAUCCCACGGCCCAGGGGUCACAGGGCCCAGAAAGCAGCCUUGGUCCUGCUAGGUGCCUGCCUGGUGGCCCUUUGGGGGCUGGGGGAGCUGCCAGACUACACUCUCCAGUGGCUGGUGCUCCACCUGGCCUCCCAGCAGAUGGGAGUGCUGAUCAAGGGGGUCUGCAGUCUGGCCGAGGAGCUGUGCCACGUCCACUCCAGGUAUCAAGGCAGCUACUGGAAGGCUGUGCGGGCCUGCCUGGGCUGCCCCAUGCACCGUGGGGCCCUGCUGCUGCUGUCCUGCUAUUUCUAUUGCUCCCUCCCAAACGUGGCUGGCCUGCCCUUCACUUGGAUGCUUGCUCUCCUGGGCCUCUCACAGGCACUUAACAUCCUCCUGGGCCUCCAGGGCCUGGCCCCAGCAGAGAUCUCUGCAAUCUGUGAAAAAAGGAACUUCAAUGUGGCUCAUGGGCUGGCCUGGUCAUAUUAUAUUGGGUACCUGCGGCUGAUCCUGCCAGGGCUCCAGGCCCGGAUCCAAAUUUACAAUCAGUUCCACAACAAUGUGCUACGGGGCGCAGGAAGCCACCGGCUGCACAUCCUCUUCCCGUUGGACUGUGGGGUGCCUGACGACCUGAGCGUGGCUGACGCUAACAUUCGCUUCCUACACAAGCUGCCCCAGCAAAGUGCUGACCGUGCUGGCAUCAAGGGCCGUGUUUACACCAACAGCAUCUACGAGCUUCUGGAGAAUGGGCAGCCAGCAGGCAUCUGUAUCCUGGAAUAUGCCACCCCCUUGCAGACCCUGUUUGCCAUGUCACAGGAUGGCCGAGCUGGCUUUAGCCGGGAGGACCGGCUUGAGCAGGCCAAACUCUUCUGCCGGACACUUGAAGACAUUCUGGCAGCUGCCCCUGAGUCUCAGAACAACUGCCACCUCAUUGUCUACCAGGAACCGGCAGAGGGAAGCAGCUUCUCCUUGUCACAGGAGAUUCUCCAGCACCUUCGGCAGGAGGAAAGUGAGGUUACCAUGGGCAGCCUGGGGACCUCGGUGAUGCCCGUUUCCUCCACACUGUCCCAAGAGCCUGAGCUCCUCAUCAGUGGCAUGGAACAGCCUCUUCCGCUCCGCUCGGAUGUCUUCUGA